GGGCGUUGGACCGACUGCCCCGGUUCAAUGACCUUUAGCCUUCUAGCCGUGGUUCCCUUCGAGUCUCUAGCAGCGGAGUCGGGGUCGGGUCUCCGGCAAUCACAAGCCGGCUCUCCCAUGCCCCCUGGCUAGUCGUAAAGUGCAGCAAAGGCGCCUGCGUUUUGCGGCGCCGCCGUAGAUGAGACCAGUGGCGUGGUACCUGGUCGGCGUGGCUCUACUGUUUUAGAGUUGCUUCACUGUAAAAGCCGGCUGCGAUUAUUACUUGGCGGAGCACAGGAGACCAGCUCACAUUCUCUUAUCGGUCACCUCCCCCGGGAGUUCGAAAUGCUUUACCUGAUCGGCUUGGGUCUGGGAGAUGCCAAAGACAUCACAGUGAAGGGCCUGGAAAUUGUAAGACGCUGCAGUCGAGUGUACUUGGAAGCCUACACCUCAGUCCUGACUGUAGGGAAGGAAGCCCUGGAAGACUUUUAUGGAAGAAAAUUGAUUCUUGCUGAUAGAGAAGAAGUGGAACAAGAAGCAGAUAAUAUUUUAAAGGAUGCUGAUAUCAGUGAUGUUGCAUUCCUUGUGGUUGGUGAUCCAUUUGGAGCUACGACACACAGCGAUCUUAUUCUGAGAGCAGCAAAGUUGGGAAUCCCUUAUCGUGUUAUUCAUAAUGCCUCCAUAAUGAAUGCUGUAGGGUGCUGUGGUUUACAGUUAUAUAAAUUUGGCGAGACAGUUUCUAUUGUUUUUUGGACAGACACUUGGAGACCAGAAAGCUUCUUUGACAAAGUAAAAAAGAACAGACAGAAUGGCAUGCACACAUUAUGCUUACUAGACAUCAAAGUAAAGGAGCAGUCUUUGGAAAAUCUAAUCAAGGGCAGGAAGAUCUAUGAACCUCCUCGGUAUAUGCAUAUAAACCAAGCAGCCCAGCAACUUCUGGAAAUUGUUCAGAAUCAAAGAAUACGAGGAGAAGAACCAGCAAUCACUGAGGAGACACUCUGUGUUGGUUUAGCCAGGGUUGGAGCUGAGGACCAGAAAAUUGUAGCAGGCACUUUACAACAAAUGUGUACUGUGGACUUGGGAGAACCAUUGCAUUCCUUGGUUAUCACAGGAGGCAGCAUGCAUCCGCUCGAGUUGGAGAUGCUAAGUCUGUUUUCCAUACCAGAAAAUAGUUCGGAAUCCCAAAGCAUUGAUGAACUGUAAGCAUGGACGUUUUCUACUGUGGCACAUUAAUUUCAGUUAGAUAUGGAUAUACACAUCUUUGUAUAAGAAAUUGAGUAGGUCUUUUGUUUUAGCUAAUAAGUAUAAAACAAGUGACCAGAAAAGAAAGAAGUUGACUCAACAGUGCUUGGUUUCCUGUGGCAGUAAGUUUUUUCCCCACGAUAUCAUCAGUUGUUGCUAUUUUGGCAACUUUAUGAGAUUGUACACACAUGGAGCAGGUUAAGCUAAAAAACUUGUAAAUAAAUUGACAUUCAUAGAAUCAUUUAAAAGCAGAUUUUAUUUAUGAAAGCAGUUAAUACAAGGUGGCUGGUUCAGAGUAUGACUUAGAGGUAAGUGGAAUGUGAAUCACUUGAAUCUGGUUUUAAAGGGUAAGAAAUGUAGGGUGGCAAGUAAAGCAAAUAAAAGAUUGGUAACAUUUUACAUAUUGAUUUUCUUUCUGUCAUAAAAAGUCAGCUGUCCUGACUGCAGGAUGAGUUAAUCCUGACAGCAUCUGGUAUCAGGACUUAAGCAAAGGAGGGAGAAAUCUUAUUCUGCUGUAUUUUGAAAGUUAUGUAAUUGUUUAAUUAUAAAUGUUCAGCCAGACAUGUACAGUUGCUGUUUGAUUUUAAAUAGACUCUUCCACACCCAAGCAGAUAGAUGGAAAGCUUGCUGACUACAAAAUAAAAUUUUUUAAAAAUUC